GGGGCUUGAUUUCUCGUAUUAUAUAGGCAAAGAAGUUUGCAUCCAGCAAAGCCAAGAGCAACAAAAAAUAAAUCAAAUCAAAUUUAGAGAGAGCAAAAAAAAAACUCCAAGUAUCAAACCAACAAGGUGUGUUUCUGAUCCUUCUCUGUUACUUGUUAUUUCAAUCUAAAUAUCAAACAUCUCUCCUUUUUAAGAUCCAUGGCAGCAAUAGAUAUGUUCAAUAGCAGCACAAAUCUCUCAGAUCCUUUCAAAGAAGAGCUCAUGAAAGUACUUAAACCUUUCACCAACUCUGUUUCUUCUCUUCCUCCAAUUCCAAACUCAAUCUUCGGUUUCAAUCAAACCACACCUCUCGGUCUGAACCAGCUCACACCUUACCAAAUCCACCAGAUCCAAAACCAGCUUAACCAGAGACGCAACGCCACCAUCUCAACCCUCUCCCCAAAGCCAGUGCCAAUGAAGAACAUGGCAGCUCAGAAACUCUACAGAGGAGUUAGACAAAGGCACUGGGGGAAAUGGGUUGCUGAGAUCCGUUUACCCAAGAACCGGACCCGACUCUGGCUUGGAACUUUCAACACAGCUGAAGAAGCAGCCAUGGCUUAUGAUCGAGCUGCUUACAAGCUCCGAGGCGAGUUAGCGACGCUUAAUUUCCCAUACAUCAGGCACGAGUAUGGUGAUAGCAGAUUCAAGGCUCUUCAUUCCUCUGUUGAAGCAAAACUCGAGGCGAUUUGUCAGAGCUUGGGGAAAACAGAGGAUGAUGAUGAUCUCCCCUGUUCUGAAACAGAGCUUUUCCCGCCAAAAGCAGAGUAUCAAGAAAGUGAAUGUAGGUGGUCUUUGAGAGCUGAUGAGAGUUUGUUUUCUGAUGAGUCUCAGGUGGGAUCUUCGUCGCCGGGUACGUUCUUGGAUUUUUCGGAUUCAGGGUUUGAUGAUGAGAGUGGGAGUUUCGUGCUGGAGAAGUUUCCUUCUGUGGAGAUUGAUUGGGAUGCGAUUAGCAAAUUGUCCGAAUCUUAGGAGCCUGUCUUCGACUCAGUGUCUAUUGAUGUCUCAUAUUAGUUAGUUAGUUAAUCUCUACAACUGAAAUUUUUACAGUUGUAGAGACUUGUUUAAGGCUUUGUUUAUGCUAAAGAAGUCCUCUAUGUGUUUGGUCU